AUGAUGAGCAAAACAGCACUUAUUAUACUGAUUCUGGCGAUGGUUUGUGUGGGCAUACAGUCGAUGCCAUACUAUUUCAGUAGCGAUGAGUCGGACAAUAAUAAACUGCACCCUCUGUUUGGUCCAUACGCUCGCAACCAUUUCAAUAACGGCGACCACCCGCGUGUAUUCAUAUGGAAGCACCGGGAUCAUUCAGCGGCAGAGGAGGCCCGUAAGAUCAUCGGUCUUAUGGCGGCUCAGCAUGAGUUCAGCCCGGGCAAAUAAACGCACCUUGGUAUAUAAAUUACUUGAAACAUAUUUAGUUAAAAUAAUUACAUCUAAUUUUAUUCAUUUAAAACUAUUUUGUUAACUAUUUUAAUGUCAAUGAUUUCAUGUGAUUGAGAAACCAAAUAAUGUUUGUAAUAAUUUUGUAAUAAUUAUUAUAAAUCUUAUUAAAUAACGAACAAAAACGAGAUUUAGUUUAUGUAAUCAUAUAUUAAAUAUAAAAGCAUUAAUCAUUAAAUUAUAAAAACCACUUUGCUAAUAUUUCGAUAGUGAGCGUAAAGUUAAUAUAAGAUAGGGUAACGGUAUGUAAUUUAUCAGGCUAAUUAAAUAUACUAAGAAUUUUGUUAUUUAAUUCAUACUAUACUGUGAUAUAACGAGAAUAAUCAAUGAAAAAUAAAUGUUGAAAAGCAU